AGGAGAGAUCAGACCUCCCCUUUAACCUGUGGAAAAAGCAGCAGCAGUAUUCUUGGUACAUGAAAGUGAAACAGCAAGUGGUUGGUGUACAUCAGUCUGUGGGUUCUUCUGGAAGAUUCCCCAUACAGAGUAAACUAUCAGAUGCUAAGAGAUUAUUAUGAGGAAACCAUUAGAGACUCUGGACCCUGUGAGGAAUCUGGAGUGUUUUGUUCCUGUCAGGUUUAAGUUGAUUGGGUGUGUAACCAUGCCUGGCACUCCAUAGAUUCGAGACCUUUGGACCCCUGACCUGCCCAUCAACCAUGGUUCCCAAGUUCCCCGGCCCCAAACUGGGGUCAGAUUCCAUCCCUCUGGAGCGGAACGGCAAACGCCAUCUAGUGCAGCAUGUCAGGAGGAAACUGCGUCCUUCCCGGAUUUUUGGUUUUAUGCUGAGCAUCUCUGCCCUCUCACUCUUCCUGUCCUGGAGUGCCUUCACUUUUACAUUGGGCCCAUUCUCAAGAUGGAUGCCACUCACCCUUCUCACCAACCAUGAGGGACUAGCAGAGCCAGUGCCACAUAGAACUGUCCUUUCUACUAAGAAAGAACACAAUGUUUCAGCAGAUAUGCCCAUUGCAAUGGCGUCGUCUGGUGAACUCAAUCAAGGGGAUUACCCUGUGGAUCUGUUCACGCUGGAGCAGAGGAGGCAAGGGGCUGUGGUGCUUCAUAUGUUCGGAAUGAUCUACAUGUUCAUCGCCCUAGCCAUUGUAUGUGAUGAGUUCUUCGUUCCCGCACUCACUGUUAUCACAGAAAAACUUGAGAUCUCGGAUGAUGUGGCUGGUGCCACCUUCAUGGCUGCAGGAGGUUCAGCACCUGAGCUCUUCACCUCUGUGAUCGGUGUGUUCGUCUCGCACAGCAACGUGGGCAUCGGAACCAUCGUGGGUUCUGCUGUCUUCAACAUCUUGUUUGUGAUCGGAAUGUGUGCUCUGUUUUCACAUGAAAUUCUGAACCUCACCUGGUGGCCUCUAUUUAGAGACGUCACCUUUUAUAUUAUUGGACUAAUUAUGCUUAUUGUCUUCUUCCUGGAUAACAUAAUUACUUAUGGCGAGAGCAUUGGUCUGUUGCUCUGUUACGCUGUCUAUGUCACAUUUAUGAAAUACAAUGGGACUGUCGAGACGUUUAUCAAAAGCAGACUAAACACAAACCAAGUGGACGACAUUGAAGUUCCUCCUAAGUUAUAUCACAGCGAGGCACAGGGUGAGGACAGCAGCCAGGCAGGCAUUUCAGAUGAGCAGGUUAAUAGUACUGGAGAUGACGAGAAUAAACUUUCCGCUAAACCCCGCCUCCAGAGAGGAGGAAGCUCCGCCUCCCUACACAACACUCUAAUGAGAAACAGCAUCUUCCAGCUAAUGAUCCACACACUUGACCCUCUCAGUGAAGGGAAGUUCAAGGAGAAGGCAUCAAUACUACACAAGAUUGCAAGAAAAAAGGGGGAAGAUGAGGCAAAUGGUGUUGUUAAUAAGCACGUUCCCAACAUCACUAAUGUGGAGGUGGAGGUCACUCCGCCAAUGAAUGGUAGCGCUGGACCUGAGGCUGAGGAGGAGGAUGAGGACGAAGACCAGCCUCUGAGCUUGGCAUGGCCAGAGACGGCAAGGAAACAAUUAACAUACCUCUUAAUAUUCCCCAUCGUCUUUCCAUUGUGGCUGACACUGCCGGAUGUCCGCAGAGAUACUUCAAAGAAGUUCUUUCCCAUUACAUUUUUGGGAUCUAUCAGUUGGAUUGCUGUUUUCUCUUACCUGAUGGUGUGGUGGGCUCAUCAGGUUGGUGAAACUAUUGGAAUCACAGAGGAGAUCAUGGGUCUGACCAUUCUAGCAGCUGGUACUUCCAUUCCAGAUCUUAUCACCAGUGUUAUUGUUGCACGGAAGGGUCUGGGAGACAUGGCAGUGUCCAGCUCAGUUGGCUCCAACAUUUUUGACAUAACUGUGGGCCUGCCGUUUCCAUGGUUAAUGUUUUCAUUGUUCAACGACAUGAGUUCAGUGACCGUGAGCAGCAAUGGUCUGUUCUGCGCCAUUGUACUGCUCUUCCUCAUGCUCCUCUUCGUUAUUAUCUCCAUCGCUGUGUGCAAAUGGAGAAUGAGCAAGUUCCUGGGUUUGCUCAUGUUCUUGCUGUACUUUGUCUUCCUGGUAGUCAGUGUGAUGCUGGAGGACAAGUUCAUCAUCUGCCCAGUCUCAAUCUAAUUCCUUUAUCUUGCAUGUCCUUGUCCUUAUCUCGAUGUCACAGUAUGUUCCUUCUCACUUGAAGCUCAGGGCAUCUUAACUUUAACACAGAAGCUUGGAUGUGGCAGUGUGUUACAUAUCCACUAAAGUCUGAGUAGAGGGGUUUCUGUAGCUUGUUAUGGGAAAGUAGCGCAAUUUUCUGCAUGCACUUUCAAAAGCAGUACAUAGAGACUUGAGAUUGAAGUCUGAUGAACUGUAGAUUUAGCCAUUUGUUAAUAUGCUGCAUGCAGAGGCUGGAUUUGAACAAAGGGACUUUAAGUCCAAGGAGACACUACAUCCAAGAAGAAGACGGACAUCUAUAGAGAAUGUCUAUAGACUCAGGGGAGGACCUAUGGUGCAAAUAUGUAAUAAAAUAAAUAAAUACCAAUGAGGACAACAAUAAAAUAAUGGUACAAUACUGGAUCAUGGUACUGUGCUUUAUAGCUCAUGAUAUCAAAAGCCUUGUGUUGCACAAUUACUGACGAAGAAAGCAACAAAGCUCCAUAUUUGCUUUGUCUGAACAUUGGUCCUUUCUGAUUGUUACUUGAGCAUUUUCUUUCUAAGUAUUUCAAAUAAUUUAUUGAAUAGGCUUGUAGACAUAGUCUCCAGAAUCUAGGCCUACAAAUAAUCACUAUCCAACUCACAGAUUUGGAGCACUCAUUGUACUAUUGAAUAUAAUCGAUCAUGUUAAAUGUUAUUUGUUAAUGCAAUAUUUUAUGUUUAUUCUUUGGGACUGAUGUUUAAUUUGAUCUGAUUUAUUAGUCAAUUUCAAUGAAUGAUUAGUAAUUGACAUACUCUUCUCUCAUUAAUUUACUAUACAAGCAGAGCCCUAAUUUCUUAUUCUGUAAGACAUGUCUUGAGCAAUAUUAAUAAACUUUUACUCACUGUACUGUUAUUGGAGCUGCCAGUUGGUGUAAAUGUGAAUAGAUCUGUACAGUGCACUUUUCAGAAUCUGUUAACAGUCAUUCAUACCUGCCUGUAUCUCUUAUUUCUGUCUGAUUUUGGUACUCUAAGGGUGCUCGCAAAAUAAAUGCAGCACGCUUUGCAGUUGACCGUUAUUCUUAGCUAAAAAUACAAACUAUAUGUGUCGAUCCAUUUAUAAAUUCUGUAUAUAAUAAAAUGAUUUCUAAACACACACACAAAGAGUAUUACUUUAAAAAAAUCAAGUAGGUAUAUUUGUAUGUUGGUGUUUCUUCAACGUCAGGCACUUUUAGCAAUGUGGACUUCUAGAAAGUCUUAUUAUAACAUGUUUACAAACUCUCAAUAAGUGUUUUAAUUUGUCAAAUAACAAUGUCCAACAGUGUGUGUACACUUAUCACAGGAGAUUUAUGUCAUUUUGUUUUCUGAAAGUCAUGAAAAUUUCCACUACAGUGUAAUUUUCACCACGUCUUAAAUUCUGUAUUGUGUUUAAUAAAAUGCCAUGGUGGAA